CCAAGUCCGCCGCUUUCCGCUCUGUGUCCGCCCCUGCCGCGGUCCGGGAGGACUCCGCGCCGGGCCGCCUCCGACGCGGGCCCCAUGCGAGGGCCCCCCCCACCCCACCUUUCCGGCUAGGUGAGGGCGCGAGCGAGCAGGCGAGCGAGAGUGGUGAGGGGGGACGAAAGCAGAAUUACCUGUAGCUCUUGUUCUGCCAUCUCGGGCGCUCGCACACACCUUCACCUGCACAGACUUGAAAGUCCAGUUUCACCAGAGGCUGAGGCUCCAGGAAAAGGGGAACGAGUUCAUUGGAUCAAACAUGUCACAAGAGUCGGACAAUAAUAAAAGACUAGUGGCCUUAGUGCCCAUGCCUGGUGACCCUCCCUUCAAUAACCGAAGAGCCUAUACAAGUGAGGAUGAAGCCUGGAAGUCAUACCUGGAGAAUCCGCUGACUGCGGCCACCAAAGCCAUGAUGAGCAUCAACGGGGAUGAGGACAGUGCUGCUGCCCUAGGCCUUCUCUAUGACUACUACAAGGUUCCUCGAGACAAGAGACUUCUGUCUGUGAGCAAAGCAAGUGACAACCAAGAAGACCCGGAUAAAAGAAACUGUCUCGGCACCAGUGAAGUCCAGAGCCACUUGAGCGGAGGAGAGAACCGAGUGCAGGUCCUGAAGACCGUCCCAGUGAACCUCUGCCUGAGCCAAGAGCACGUGGAGAGUUCCAAGCGCGAGCAGUACAGCGUGUCCAUCACGGAGAGUCCGGCCGUCAUCCCCGUGUCAGGCAUCACUGUGGUGAAAGCUGAGGAUUUCACCCCGGUGUUCAUGGCUCCCCCUGUGCACUACCCCCGCGCAGAUGGCGAGGAGCAGCGGGUUGUCAUAUUUGAACAGACUCAGUAUGACCUGCCCUCGAUAGCCAGCCACAGCUCCUAUCUGAAGGACGACCAGCGCAGUACGCCUGACAGCACUUACAGUGAGAGCUUCAAGGAUGGGGCCUCAGAGAAGUUUCGGAGUACUUCUGCUGGUGCUGAAGACUACAUGUAUGACCAGGCGGGGAGUGGUACAUUUCAGUACACCCUGGAAGCCACCAAAUCUCUCCGUCAGAAGCAGGGGGAGGGCCCCAUGACCUACCUCAACAAAGGACAGUUCUAUGCCAUAACACUCAGUGAGACUGGAGACAACAAAUGCUUCCGACACCCUAUCAGCAAAGUCAGGAGUGUGGUGAUGGUGGUCUUCAGUGAAGACAAAAACCGAGAUGAACAGCUGAAAUACUGGAAGUACUGGCAUUCCCGACAGCACACUGCCAAGCAGAGGGUCCUCGACAUCGCUGACUACAAGGAGAGCUUCAACACCAUUGGAAACAUUGAAGAGAUCGCGUACAAUGCUGUUUCCUUCACCUGGGAUGUGAAUGAAGAGGCAAAGAUUUUCAUCACAGUGAAUUGCUUGAGUACAGAUUUCUCCUCCCAGAAGGGCGUGAAAGGACUUCCUUUGAUGAUUCAAAUUGACACAUACAGUUACAAUAACCGCAGCAAUAAACCCGUCCACAGAGCGUACUGCCAGAUCAAGGUCUUCUGCGACAAGGGAGCAGAAAGAAAAAUCCGAGAUGAAGAGAGAAAGCAGAAUAGGAAGAAAGGGAAGGGCCAGGCCUCCCAAACCCAGUGCAACAACUCCUCUGACGGGAAGCUGGCCGCCAUACCUUUACAGAAGAAAAGUGACAUCACGUACUUCAAAACCAUGCCUGACCUGCACUCGCAGCCCGUGCUCUUCAUACCAGAUGUCCACUUUGCCAACCUGCAGAGGACUGGACAGGUGUAUUACAACACGGAUGAUGAACGAGAAGGCAGCAGCGUCCUUGUUAAACGGAUGUUCAGGCCCAUGGAAGAGGAGUUUGGUCCGACACCGUCUAAGCAGAUUAAAGAAGAAAAUGUAAAGCGAGUGCUUUUGUACGUGCGGAAGGAGAGUGAUGACGUGUUCGACGCCCUGAUGCUGAGAUCGCCCACAGUGAAGGGCCUGAUGGAAGCGCUGUCUGAGAAGUAUGGGCUGCCAGUGGAGAAAAUCACAAAGCUUUAUAAGAAGAGCAAAAAGGGCAUCCUGGUGAACAUGGAUGACAACAUCAUUGAACACUAUUCAAAUGAGGACACCUUCAUCCUCAACAUGGAGAGCAUGGUGGAAGGCUUCAAGAUCACGCUUAUGGAGAUCUGAACGCUGGGCCCAAGUCCCCUUGACAGGAGCUUCCGGUGCGCUCCUUCCUGGGAAAGGUGGGCUUGCUGCCCUACAACCUGGAGACCCAUCUCACCCAUCUCAAGUGACUGUUACAAGACUGCUUGGAAGGGGGCAGGGCCCAAGGCCCACCAACAGACCAACAGUCAACUCUUCUGCUUGCUUGGAGCUGAAGCCUGUAUCCCUCGGCUAAGUUCUUUAAGCCUGCCAGGCCCUUAUUUAUUGUCCAUUUUUUCCCCAAGAGCCUGGAGUCCAGGCCCUCCAGGACUCUACAAGUUACUGAUAGCUCCACCUGAGACCUCCAGAGUUCCCCCUUCAAGGGAAACACAGCUAGUCCAUUCAUCUCGAAGAGCCUGGGGAACUGCGAUGCCUUUUUUCUUACCUCUCCACAUUUCUUGAGUGGAUGGACAAGAUGAGCUACUUCUUGGCACAGUCGUCAUGGGUGGGGUAAAGAGGACACCCAUUUUCUGGCCUGGAACCUUCAGAUUGCUCUGAGGAAGGUCAUUUUGCUUAAAUACCUCCAGGGGAUCUCAGCAAAUAGCCACUGGGCCUUGUUCAGGAAGACAUUCCGCUACCAUGUCAGUGAUAAGGAGCACAAAGUAUGCUUGACAGCCAUGUACAUAAUUUGUACAUAAUAUUGCAGUAAUAUAUUUUACCUGUGGUGUGUGGGCAUGUUUACUGCCAUUGCCCUGGAGGGGACAUACCUGGAGACUCAGAGCAUUCUGCUCUAUCUGAGAGGAGGCUAGGAAAGAGGACUUUAAGGUGUCAUGUGACUGGUGAAUGCCACGAUGGACUCUCCACUGAGCCAUGCUGAGGACUUGUUUUCCCAAAUGGAGCCCUCUCCCCUCAGACAUGACUCUCCCUUGAGGCCAUCACAUUUUGUUUCAUGGUGAUCUGUUGUCUAAGGGUGUCCUUUGAGCUGUUCAGGAAAGACCGUGCUGUCAGUGCCUUCUUUAGCACUGGAGUGAGACACCUUGAAGCUAAUGCAAAGUUUCCGCAAGGGUUUGCACUGGGGCCCUAUCCCUGGGGCCUGCUGCAGAACUGCUUGGCAUACCUGGGGAUGCUGGACACUGCGGUGGCUCAUAGUUUACAACCAUGUCCUUCAUCUCAAGUGGCCCUUUUGCAAACCCAGCUGCAGCUUUGCGAAGUGAGCCAGCAGCUCGACUGGGCUGUGACAGCAAACAUUGCUUCCUCUGGCUUCUGAAGAUGGGAAGAGUGAGGCUGUCCACCCUGGCUGUGGAAAGCGUGCGAUUUCUGGCAGUUCUGAGACUGGCUUUGAGAGGCACACUGGAGAGCUAAGGCUGUUUCCUCCUCUCCUGGCCCUUGGGAGGGCAAGAGAAAACGGCUUUCCUGAACAGCAUGCCCAUGGUGAGCCUCAGUUCUCUUUGAGAGGACAGGUUGGUAGCUUGGGGAUUUUCUUGUUACACUGUGGGCUGAGCACUAGUUCAGAUAGUCAGGCACAUCCCACCCCAAAGCCUGGAUAAUGGGGCAGCUUCUGUGGAAAGGUCCAAAUUUGUCUAUGAAGCACUUUGAUGUCUUACCUGGAGGCUCUGUUCUCCAGCUCCUGCCUUCUUGCCCCACCUUCCCCUGAGGGCCCGAGCAGCCGAGGCUGACUCUAGCCUAGCUACCCAAAGCUGCAGAGGAAUGGGCUGGAGAGUAGGUGCUAUGACCAAGAGGAUCCAAAGAAUAGCAGGGGCACCUUUCUGAGACCCACUGGGCUCCGAAUUCCUCUGUGUUGCCAAAGGUUUGUAUCCUGGGCUCGGCUCUGCUUAGUCCUCUGCUCCACCCCACAUCACUUGCUGAACCAGCAGCUUGGGGACCCUCUAGGGUACUAGCAGGGCUCUGACCUAAGGCAGACAAACUCAGUGUUGGAAAUACAUGCUCUAUGCGCUUCCCAUGCUACAGCAGUUGGGGUUAGCUCCAACCAUGAAUGGCAGACCUUAGGGUGGCUCAGGAUUCCAAGGAGACAGAUCUGUAGCGACCUGACUGGCUCCCAGCUCUUCUCUUCGGUUUCUGGGAAACUGCCUGUCUCCCCCGAGGCAGAGGACCAGCCAGAGAUGGCUUUGCCUUUGUCCUGAGUCACUACAGUCCUUGUGGUAGCCAGAACAAGGGACAUGAAGCCAGGACCACAAAGAGGGGUACAGCGGCAGGUCCAGGAGUGUCUGUUGGUGGACUUCUCUGCAUCUGUCCAUCGCUGCAUUAGCAGAGCUUUGCUGAGCAUCAUUUCCUGAACAAAAACACUCCAGCAAGAUAGAAAAGCUUGUCUUUCCUUUGUCCCCGAAUUAACCACACCCAAACUCUUUUUUUUGUAAUCCAUAAAAGGUUGGGGAACACAUGAAGCAGGUGUUUUCAUUCUACGUCCCCACUGAAACUUCCUCAGUGUUUAGAAAUUGGAACCAACAACAACAAAAAUACACAAUGGGCUGCCAUCUUGAAAUCAGUCCUAAAAGACUAAGGCAUGUCCCAAAGCAGAAACCUGGGAAGCAUGAAAUGAGUUAAAACAUUUAUUUUUCAUGCAACAGGAAAAGAGGGUUUGUGCCAAAUUCUAAGAAUGGCCCUUUCUGAAAGACAAACAAGGGGAGACUGAUUUGUGUACAAUCUACUCCCACAUAAAAAAAAGAGUAAAUGUAACUUAAUAGUUUUGUAAAUGGGAGAGGGGAA